GUCCCAUACCAAAUGAUAACAAUUCCCUUUUGUUAGUUCGACGUUUACACUCGUAUUUAUAAAACGUGUCAGUACUCCAAUAAAUUUUUAAUUUUUAAACCCGUGAUUUCAACGAAAAUGUUUACGAUGAAAAGUUUGGCAUACUCUUUGGUGUUUUUUUGUGUGAUCGUGAAUAUUGCAAUCGGAAAAUAUGUGAAUAAAAGGAAGUGUCCAGAAGUACGAGCGGUGCCUCAUUUCGAUUUAACUCAGAUGUUAGGCGAUUGGUACGUGGUAGAAUACUAUGCCAGUGCAGAAGAGGCCCUCUCAUACAGUUGUAUGAGGGCUGUAUUCACACAGGAGGAUCACAUACCAGCUGCAGACGGCUCCGUGGAGUGGACACCCGGAGUGACGAUGAACUUUACAUACCGAUUCGCCGAUGACCCCCUCGGAGAGAACCUUCUUGGAAACAUCACGUGGAGAGUAGACUUGAAUGAACCAGCACAUUGGACGCAUGCAGAAAGCACUUAUGAUGGUAUAUACAACACCUAUGUCCUGGACACAGAGUAUAAGACCUGGGCCUUACUGCUCCAUUGCGCAGAGCAGAGGGAAGGGACCAGAUGGCUCAGCGCGUUCGUACUGUCGAGAACUACCGGCUUACCUAAGAAUGUUAUGGCUUACUUGAGAGACAAAUUGCCAAGGUAUGACGUGGAUGUGAAAUACGUCUUCCCAAUUUCCCAUGACGACUGCUCCUCGAAACCUGCCGUUGCAGAUUUCAGUCCGAUAUUCGUCGAACUCGGCAGCAAAGUCCCAAGGAAACCUGGAAUUUCUUACAACCUUGCUUUCGGGCAUUAGAAUAUUUUGUAUAUUGUAAGCUCGCUAACAAAGUAAAAGGCACCUACACUUAAUUCGAGCUUUUUUUCAUUAUUAAUUUGCAUUUUCUGAGAACAUUUAUCAUAGUAGUGUAUAUUUUUUUU